UUGAAGGCAAGUGGCGGUCGAAACACAGACGAAGAAAGUUGGGAAUUGUGGGCGGAAAACAAACGAGGAUGGCUUAUUUCCACGGCAGGGCGUAACGAAGAUGUCUGACGGACGUAACUGCUUCGUUUUGAGCAGGUGUUUUUAAGGGAAAGGACAAGAAAUGAAGCCAGACAGCGCAUGCAGUCGGGACAUGGACGGAGAGGACUGGCUGCCGGAGCAGCUAUUUCAGGGGGUGGGGUUCUUGGUGCUGGAGGCCAGGACACCCCACGGGGCCACAGCUAAGGGCAGAGUGGAGGGGCCACACUGUCCCUCAGCACAGGCAGAGAGCACUCACAGCUGUUGCCCACUAGUUAAAGAGUGUCGCAAGGCAAAUCUUGUACGCAGACAGAUGGAAUUACUGUGGAGGAACGGAAUCCCGAUGUGUGUCGAAGUAGCGCUAUACCCCAACUGUUCACACGGAUGGCUGGAGGCGGAGUCUAUACCUGUAGAGGGCGGAGCUUCGGCAAUCUCUUCUGAGGAGAACAGAAUCUUGUUGGAGCGAUGGAGUAUCCAUGUGGUGCCAAAAAGACAUGGUGACAAGACGGAGCGUUCUGUCACCCCUCAAAUCUUACUACAGGCUGUACGCUCAUACCUUCACUUCUCUCAGCUCAGUGCCUGGCUUAGUUCCACCAAGGGACAACUAUCUAAUCCUGUCGCCUACAGAUUAUUUGUGCCCGGAGAGAGUGGUUCAGAAGUUUUUAAUCAGUUGAAGACUGAUGUUCAUAGUUUCCCGCAGGCUGACAUUAAUCAGGUGACCAUCAAAGUCUCGGUGGAAUCACUACCUAGAGUUCCACAAAUACCCAACAUCCUGUGUCACUAUGGCGAUUCAGCUCCACCGAAGAGAAAGCCCACAAAUGCCAAGCAAACGUCACAGACGGUGCCAAAGAACAGAUCAGACCCCAAGAGUCAUCCACAAGAUUUAACCAAUAACAACAGAAGAUGUGACUCGGAGUUACCGUCAUUUCCAAAUGUGACAAGCUCGAUUUCUAGACAAGUGGAGUGCCUUCUGGUGUCAGAUACAGUCGACAAAGCAGGGUUUGAUCCAAAUGCUAAUGGUGCUACACAAGUGCAAUCAGCUAAGCCGAAAGUGAAACUGAAACCGCUGGAGUUUGAAGCGCCACCUGUUUCAAAGUACGGAACUAAGGGUCGUAAUCCAUUGGUUCAGGCUAAAAGGAAAGAUAGUCCAAAAGUGCUCAUUACCAGUAGUUCAAGCACUAGGCAGACAUUUUAUCGAAAACGAUACAUUGAUUUUGACAAUCCAGAUGAAACUGAUGCCACAGGGGAACCUAGUGAUUGGAACACAGUAAAAUUGACAAGCCAGUGUCAGAGAUCUUCGUAUAUGGCCCCGAGAAAUGCUGCUGAGGAACUGGAGGCAUAUCUAGCCACGAUCGCGGAGCGAAAUUUGUGGCGGGAUGAGCAGAUGAAGCACAUUCCUGUGACCAAAUGCAAAUUUUAUAUUGGGGACAAAAAUGAAGAGUUUGAAGGUAGCCAGGGGUCAGAGAAAUCCCCCAAAGAUGAUACUUAUCCCUCUACAACGCCAAAACUACCCGUUAAAAACGGAUUACAGGAUCAGGACGAACUAUGCAAAAAUCUUUUUAAGCAGAGCUUUUCAACUUUGCAUCCCAAAGAAAAGUGCCAUGUUCAGGAGACUAAACCAGAAGAUUGCAGUGAUCUAAUUACAAAACUUGGCUCGAUGGAUUUGCAAACGCAUCUGUCUCCACCUAUUGGACAAUCCAUGGAGGACAUUCAUGGGGAGAUAACUCCCAAGGACAAACCUGUUUGUAACUCUCCAUCUUUGGGGAAUGGCCAUAACUGUGAUGAACUCUCCGUACAAGGUCAGAAUUCUCACUCAGAGAAGCAUUUUGCAAAAAUCCAAAGUGCCCCUGCUGGUUUAGGAGAUGUUGAUUCGGUGUUUGACUUUUGUCAAGAGGACGUUGUGCGGCACAUCUCAAAUGGUGUGAAUUCCAAAUCUGUGAUCUCUAACGGUGCCCCAGUCAAACGUCUCCCGAGUCCCUUUGGUGUGCCAUGCUCCCACAAUGCACCUGGCAUUUCCUCCAAGGGGGAAAGAACUACCUCGCUACAAAAGACAAUGUUGAAGAGUCAGUAUGAGAACGGUGCGGACACAUCCAUUCCUAGUCAGCGACAGAUCUCAGCUUUCCGGGAGUCCCUAGGGAAGAGUGUCAGUAUGGUGUUCAGCACAUCCACAGGCUUACCCUCCAGGUCUAGUCCAGCUCCAACUAAGAAGAAGUCCUCUGGAAAGUUUGAUUAUGACAGUUCACUCACAAGCACAAGGGCAAUUAAAAAUGCAAUAUCCUGCUCCAAGUUAAGUCUGAAGAUUGACAGUUCAGAGGAUAAUGACUCCAGUGUCAGGACCAACCAAACACUGAGUACCAGUGCUCCCGCCUCCACCAACUCCUUAUUAGGAAAUUUUGAGGAGUCUGUGUUGAACGGGCGUAUAGAGCCCAUUGGUGUUGUGGAAGGGUUCAGUGCUGAGAUUGGAGCCAGUGGGGCCUUCUGUCCCAAACACAUCACACUUCCAGUUACCGCUUACUUCUUCAGUGUCUCUGAUGACAACGCUCCAUCCCCUUACCUGGGUCAUAUAAAUUUGGAUUGUGGCAGAAGGAAAGGUUACCACGUGCCUAAAGCUGGAACAGUGCAGGUGACACUUUUCAACCCUAACAAGACCGUGGUGAAAAUGUUUGUGGUGAGGUACGAUCUCUCUGACAUGCCUCCAAAUUGCCAAACGUUCCUCCGUCAACGAACCCUGUACACUCCGGUCAACAAGGACUCCAGCAGUGAUGACACCGAUGACGAGAGUCAGCCCUCAUUUCUACGUUACCUCAUCCAUUUAAGGUUUAUCAGCAGUAAGAGUGGGAAGAUCCAUUUGCACACGGACAUUCGUCUCAUCUUUGCACGGGAUAAAUUUGAGUUUGAUCCACGAGUCGCAAACUAUGAACUCCGGUCCUUCACAGAAGGACCGAAAAAUCCAAAGUUUUCCCCCAAAAGGUGACCCAGAUGCCACCUUAGAAACUGGAAUGAUUUUACCCAAGGAUUGUUGCCAUGGACACAUGAAGAUGAUUUCAAGGAGUCUCUUCAAGGUUGUUAAUGCUGUUCGUUGUUAUUGAAUUGUUGGUAUUCAGAAGAACAUAGACAUGACCUGUUGAGAGUAUUUAUUGAACUAUUGGUUGUUCUCCUUUGACAUUCAAGAAUGUCCCAAGCAUUGUCUUUGGUACAAGCAUCGGCAGUGAUCACUCUUGAAUUGUUACAUUGUCAGAAUCGUUGGUGUUCAAAAGAACACAAGGAUAACUUUGUUAAGACUAUUUAGAGAACGAGGGAUAGUUUUCGUGGCACAUUUGUACAAGAAUGUCCAAGCCUCAUCUUUCGUACAUGCAUUGUGUAUGAUAAAUUCUUGAAUUGUGGAGAUGACAGAUUUGUUGAUGUUCAGAAGAGCACAUUUAUAUAAAGGCGAUCUUUCUAAGUUCCCACAUACAAGUAAUUUGGUGUUGCUGUCCAACAUGUAGAUGGGGCUGCUGAAGCUGACAGAUGCUACAGGAUUUUUACACAUGUCAGUAAUUUUCAAGGAGUGAAGUGUGAAGAUAAUCUGAAAUGUUACACGUAUGGUAAAUGGCCUAAAAUUUUGCCCAAAACAGUGCAGAUUUUGGAAGCAAAUAUAAAAUGUCCUAAAAUAUUAGUGUUGGCGCUGAAACUUACCUUUUUCCAAUAGCAGGCCUUCUAAACAAACCUCAAAACACCUUACUACAAUCAAUAGAUCUCUCAUUCCAAUAGAAAAUCCUUCUACCUUCCAAACAAACCUCAAAACACCUUACUAGGAUCAAUAGAUCUCUCCUUCUAAUAGAAAAUCCUUCUACCUUCCAAUCAAACCUCAAAACACCUUACUACCAUCAAUAGAUCGCUCAUUCUAAUAGAAAAUCCUUCUACCUUUCAAACAAACUUCAAAACACCUUACUACGAUCAAUAGAUCGCUCAUUCAAAUAGAAAAUAUUUCUACCUUCCAAACAAACCUCAAAAUACCUUACUACGAUCAAUAGAUCUCUCAGAAUCAGGCAAGAUGUGCAAAUUUUAGGACAUUUGUGAAAUUUUAGGUCAUUUACUGUAAAUUCACUCUGAUGUUGUUGAAGACGCAUCAGGUUGUUGCAAGUGUAAAACAGGUUUUUGUAAGCAGAUGUCACUGACUCACUGGCAAGAUAGAUGUGUAUGCGCACAGGUAGCUUGUGGUGGCAUUUUGUUGUGGAUAGAGUAUGGAUUUGCUCGUCAGUGUCAAAUGCCAUCAGGAGUAAAUGCCAUGCCAUCGAAAACAUUGAUAUCGUGUGGAUAAGGAUAUAAAAAAAAUACAUUACCGAUGGAUUGGGAAUUUGAUGAGGUUGCUAAUGAAAUGAGUUUAGCUGAUGAAACACAUGUUGGUGAUCUAGUUUGGAGUGCUGCUGUUGGCUUUUUAGUACAGUGGAUCAUUCCAAACUGUCAAUCAAGAACAGACAAUUAACCAAUCAUAAGCAGUAUUGUUGCAAAUAUUUCAACCGGAUGUCCACACAAUGGUUACAAAUGUUCAAUUUUUGACGUCACUAUUACUUUCAUUGGGUAUGAAAUGAAAAGUAACGUUGUCAUGAGAAAGGGCAGUGGGACAUUAGAUGUGUUGGAUCCAUUCAUGCUUUGCGUUGAACAGUAGAGGCAGACAAGCUGGAAGGUGUGCUGAUAACCAGUAUUUUGAUGAAAUUCAUGGGUUAUGAAUGAUGUUUUAACAGUUUAUGUCCAGGAAACCAGCUGUUAGGCGAAUUAAUAACCAGUAUUCUGAUGAAAUUCAGGAUUAAUGAGCAGUGCUGUAUACUUUAUACGGCUUGGUGUUUUAAAGAAAAUUUCGCACAAGAUAUUUAGCUCAGUAGUUAAAAACAAUCAACAAAAAGGGGUUUUGGUACGUGCAGGAGAUUUUGAGGGUUCUUGAAGAGGGUGUACUGAUGUAUAAGGAAGUAGGAGCCCUGAGAGAUUGGCUUGGCAUCACAAAAAUGUUACCGGCUGCAGUCCACCAGGUGGCGCUAUUGUGAAUGUAUUUAAUUGACUGCCACUGUUCUUGUUUCUGGAAAUAUUUAUCCCCGUUUAUCAUGAAGGGGUGUGGUUUUACCAUGAAGGGGUGUGGUUUUACCAUGAAGGGGUGUGGUCUUGAUGGGGAGGGGUGUAGUGAGUGGGUCACCACUAACAUGAUUUGAGAUAAGCUGUCAUAUAUCGAU